CCUAGAUCUUACCUCUGCAGCCGAGCUCACGUGCAGGCAGCCUGCCAUGGGGUCGUGCUCAGGAGACCCCCGCCUCUGCUGGGCCACCUGGCUCCUGCGAUGCACCAGCCUCCUCCUCGGUGCCUGCAGCACUGUGGCCAACAGCUCCGGAGCCCACGUGUUUCUGAACAGGACCCAGGGAGGCUGUGUGUUGUUUCACGCGGCCAGGGAGGCAGGAGCUGAGGUGAAGGAGGUCUCGUGGGGCUUCGGCCCUGAUUCAGCGUACACAGUCAUCCUGCGGGUCCAUUCUGGCGCGGACUCUCCCACCUGGGUCAGCCUCCGGGACAAGUAUGAGCACAGGGUCCACGUGCCCAACAUGACGUCCCUGAGGAUCGACAACCUUAAGUGCGAGGACAGCGGGCAGUACCGGGCUCGGGGCAGCCUCACUGCAGGAAAAGAAUUUAACAGGAAUUUCCACCUCACUGUCUAUGCAUCCGUGCCCCUUCCCCAGAUCCAGGUCACUUCCUCAUCCAUCACACCAGGCUGGUGCCACGUUACCCUUGAGUGCAGGGCCCAGGGGACCAUGGAGGACCUGAAGGUGACCUGGGAGAGCAAAGGCCUCCCCGAGGAGCUGGAGCAGAGAGGGAUCCCGGGACCAGCCCCCAACUCGUGGGCCCUGGAUCUGAGCCUGCCCCUGAGCCAGCCCAACCCCAGGCUCACCUGUGUGCUCAGCAACCCGCUUGACCAGAAAACUGCCACCACAGACCUUGGGGCCAUCUGUGUCCCUGCAGGUUCACAUGCACAGACCAGUGCUCGCACCCUGCCAGGCAUCCUGGGGGCCACCGUCACUUUGCUGCUCAUCCUUGGAGCUGGACUGUGGCUUUGGAAGAUGCGUGGGAAGAAGAAGAAGAUGGAGACCGGGAGAGGUGCAGGACUGCAGGAGGCGCACAGGGACGAGGACGGUGGCGUGCACUACGCAGAGCUGAGCCCGCAGGUGCCUCAUGAGGGCAGGGACAAGGAACCGUCUGGGUCUCACCCCCAGGGUAUCGGUGAGCAACAUCUGCAAGACAAAGAGCCUCUCAAGUCUGUCUACAGUGUGGUCCAUAAGCCAGGCCAGGCCAUGAAGAUGAUUUAAGGGGAGGAUGCAGGAGAAUCCAGUCCUCCCGGGACACCUCCACCCUGAGCUGAUCCCUGCAGACGCAGCCUCUCGCAGCUCUGGUCCAGCUCCAGCUGCCCCUGGUCUGUGUGCUGUGACCCUGGAGCCCUCAGAUCCCUACGUGCAUGUGGCCCGGCCAUUUCCUCUGACCCUCCCCAAGCUGCCCUCCCCUCAGCGUCCUCAGCCCUGCAGGAUGAGGGCUCUUCCUGUCGUGGACUCGGCUCCUGGCCCCUGUCCUCCUACAGCUCCCCAUGCGGACCCUCCUGACUGCACAUGGCAGCCCCCACGGCCUCUGCUGCGUGUCUUUCUAAGAACAUGAGCCCAGGCACGGGCACUGUAGAGAUGUUGACUGUCCACAGAGGAGGGAGGUGGGACCUGGCUUCGGGAUGCAGAGUUGGGGGUCUGUGGAGGCAGCAUGGGAGGGUGGGGCCCGGAGGGUGGGGCUCCCAGAGGGACUGGCCCGGGGUCACGCUGCCCCUUGUGCACAGCUCCCGGGCAGAGGGGGCAGUGUGUGCAUUGGGAGGAGUGUCCAGUGCACACUGUACACAGGCCAUGGCCUUCCUUCCAGGCCUCGGCCGCAGCCCGCCUUCCUGCGGAGUGCGGGGGAUGCGUCUGCUCUCAGGGUCUGCUGAGCCUUCUCAGAGAAUGAGCCCAGGAGCUCAGAGUCCGUAGUAGCUGUAGGAAAAGAGCCUCAGAUGUUCCUCUGUUGGGAUGGACACUGGUGGUGGGGUGUCGUCCUGCCUCUGCUGUGGGUGUGAGGGUGAGCCUGGGGAGGGGAUGAGCCAGCCCUCCCACUUCCCUGGGGCCUCAGCAGAUGGAGCCCCAGCACAGAGGCUGCUGAGAGUCUCGUGAGCCCACAUGUCGGUGGGGGUGGAUGGGAUGACCUCCGUGACCCUGCCAGGCCCUGAGGUUCUGGGUGGGCUCUCCCCACCCCUCCUGCAACCUCACGUUGCCUGAGGACCUGAGGCGGCCUGCACUGUGGUGUACGAGAGCGUCUGCCCUCCCCGGGUCCUCCUGCCUCAAAGCCUCUGCCUCCUGCAGCUCUUGGGUCAGAGAUGCACUCACUCUGGUCCCGGGCACUUAGUACCUUGUCUGCUGGCCUGGACUCCUGGGCCUCUUGGUUCCCUUCCCAGCUCAGCUCAGCUGCUUCAUCUCUGACCUUAGAAAGCAAAGUUCUGAGCUAGAGGCUUGGGCGUUAUGAAGCAAUGCUCCUGUCCUGCUCGACGGGGCCUGGAUAGCGGAGGAGGAGGCGGAUCAAUAAAGCGGCUCUUUCAGACCUCUCCCGCCUCAGGCUGAGCAGGAAGCUGAAACAAAAAGCUAACAUCUCCUUUCUGGAAUCCCAGGUGAGUGGUCGUGGCGGAGUAUCAAUGUCCAUCCACUCAGGAGCAGUGAAAGAUGUGACCACCCAUUGACCCUUCCCACCCAACCUGAAGCAGAGAAGAAAAGGAAGAGAACUGGCCUUUCAAAGCCUAUAAUGAAUGAGGCUUUUUCCUAGGCAUUUUACAGAAAUUAUUCCCUCUGUAUCCUCCCAAGAACUCUCUAGGGUAGGUAUUAUCAUCCCCAGUUUGCAGGACAGGUUCCUAGCAUCCCAAACUAGCUGGUGACAGAGCAAAGCCUUCAGUCCAGUGCUGGAUGAUUCUAGUGUCCACAUCUUACCCUUUACCACAUGGUCAGUGAAGAACUUGGGAUCCUGGAAUGUUCAGAAAGGAAUACCCUCCAUUCCUUCCUCUCCCAAGGAUCCUGGUCUUCUGACUCAGGUGCUCCAACUUGUUUUGAGCCCAUCCUGAUGAUGGAUGGAGCCUGUGGUGGUAGAGAGGGGAAUUGCCCCUUAUGUGGAGAAUGGGGCCUUGGUGGUGGGACACGUGGAAUGAGGGACCUCGCCCUCUGGUGCAGAUGAGACAUUCAGAGAUGACGUCCUUUCCCUGGAGUCUUGCAGAAGUUCCUUCUCCUCUGAACAAGGUAUGUUCAGCAUCCCCAUCCUUACCAGCUAGCCUUUGCAUUAUAUUCAAAACUCCACUCAAUAGGCUGUACAUGAUUUUCUCAUUUAAAACUUCAACAGUUCGGUGAGGAGGCAUCCCCAAUGUACAGAUGGAAAAAUAAAAUCCAGAGAGGUUAAGCCCCUCACAUGAGUUCUCCUGAGUUAGAGUGAUGCAGGCAUGAUGUGAGGCCACACGGAUGGUAAUUUUACUCAUUUGAUCCUUUUUCUCCCUCAUCCCAGACACCCAACCUGUCACCAUGCUCCACGGGAUUAUCCUUCCUAAUGCUUCUUGGACCCCGUCCUCCUCUCAUCCUUCCAUUCCCACCUUCCUUCCACCUUUAGCUGCACUGUUUUUACAUUUCCGCCAGCAAUGGAUGGGGAUCUCUCCACAUCCUCUGCAACUCAUUUUUCGAUUGUAGUCAUCAUAGUGGGUGUGAAGUGGUAUCUCACUGUGGUUCUGAAUUGCAUUUCCAUGAUGACUAGUGAUGUUGAGCAUGUUUUCAUGUGCAUAUUGACCAUUUGUAUACCUUAUUUGGAGAAAUCUCUUCUUCUCUUGAAUUGCCCCACCUUUCCAUUGAAUCUGCAGCAGUCGGGGUCACCGGGGAACUCCAGAUUGGUAAAUCUGGUGGUCAGCUCUCAGUCCUCAUCUCCUGGAACCAGUUUACAAGCAAUGGACUUGCCCUUCCUUGAAAAACUGCCUUCACGUUGCAUUCACCACUCACUGUUCACUUCUUCCUACUCAGCUGUUGCUCCUUAGUUUCGUUAUCCUUUUCCUCCCCAGCUCCCCUGACUUAAUUUUGGAAUAUCCUAGGGUUCGUACCCAAACCACCGAGACCACCUCUCAUCAUUAGGUAUACUCAUUUUCUUUCUGAUAUUAUGGACACGCACUAAUCCCCAGAUUCUGUGACUAUGUGACCUCCAAUGUCAAAAAGGACUUACAGACGUGACCCCUCUCCUGGACUCCACGUUAUGUCCCACUGUUUGGACAUACCUGACAUCUCCACUUGCAUGGAAAACAAGCACCUCCAGCUUGUCAUGUUUAAAUUUAAACUCACACACGUGCUUCCCACACAUUUUCCCACCCCUAAAACUGUCACUUCCAUCCUUCCAUUUUUCUGGCCACAAAACUUUGGUGUCAUGCUUGAUGUCUUCCUUUUUCUCACACCCUACUCCCUAUCAGUACAUACUGAUAUCUUUCCUCCUGUAUAUAUAUAUAUAUAUUCAAAUAUUUAUUUUCAUAAUAAAAUACCUCUCACAACCUCCCUGGCCCAGUAAGGUUAUCAUUCCUCACCCAGAUUACUGGAGUAGCUUCAUAUCUCCCUACUUUGGUUUUUAAUCCCUUAGCAUCCUGUUUUCAAAAUUAUUAUCCAGAAUGAUCUUUUUCAAACCUAAGUUGCACCUUAGCUGAGGACUCCCCGAUGGGUCCACUUCAUCUGCAAGGCCCUGUACCACGUGACCUUAUGUCCCAUGCUCCCUUUCUCCUUUCAUCCACACUGGGCUUUCUGCCUUUCCUUCCAUACACAUUGCAUGCUUCUGCCUCAGGGCCUUUGCUCUGCCAGGAGUCUCUUCCUCCAGGUAUCUGCAUAUCUCUUUCCCUGACCUCCUGCACGUUUUGUGCAUAUGUUACCUUCUCAGUAAGGUCUAGCUGACUUCCCUAUUUAAACCUGCAUCCUUCCCCUGGAGCCCUCCCUCCCCCUUCAUGCCCUAUUUUCUUCACUGCCCUCCACAAGGUUGUGAGUCAGGGUGAAUUUAACCUGGGCUGUACUUUAAAGACGAGUGGGUAUUGAGGCCUCAAGGUGUCAAUUUCAAUCUUAUUAUGCAAAUACUAUUAUUAUUUCCAGGAAACUGCAACAUUGAUAAGUUGCUUGUCCAAGUUCACAUACCUAAUAAGAGUUGGGACUGAAAUCUUGGAGUUGGCAUCUAAAGCCCUUGCCUGUGACCACUAUAUAGUGGGUAAAUGAAGUAUAGUCUGUCCACAUGAUGGAUUAACAUUUAUGUAAUAGGAACGAUAAAUAACAUUUUUAUUUAUUUAAAUAGAAAGCUGUCCUUGAAAUAUUAAGUGGAUUAUGGAACAAUGUAUGUGGUAUUAUCUUGUAUUACAAAUGCAUAUAAACAUAUGUUUGUGUAAAUAAAAAGGAAGUCUAAAAGCUGA